AUGGACCCAGAUCCCAAACAGCAAUCCAAUUGCCCCUCUUUCCCCCCUUGUCAGGUGCAACAUGCCAGCAUGCAAAUCACGGCGGAAAAGCAGUACAAGGGCAUCAUAGACUGCGUCGUCCGGAUCCCUAAGGAGCAGGGCUUUCUGUCGUUUUGGCGUGGGAAUUUGGCCAACGUGAUCAGAUACUUCCCUACCCAAGCCCUGAACUUUGCUUUCAAAGACAAAUACAAGCAGAUCUUCUUGGGUGGUGUUGACAAAAGAACCCAAUUCUGGCGUUACUUUGCUGGCAACUUGGCUUCCGGCGGGGCGGCCGGGGCCACCUCUCUCUGCUUCGUCUACCCUCUCGAUUUUGCCCGAACACGUCUGGCGGCCGACGUAGGGAAAGCAGGAGCUGAACGCGAGUUCAAGGGGCUCGGAGACUGCUUGGUCAAAAUCUUCAAGUCGGAUGGCCUCCGGGGGCUGUACCAAGGCUUCAACGUCUCUGUGCAGGGCAUCAUCAUCUACAGAGCAGCUUACUUUGGCAUCUAUGAUACAGCAAAAGGAAUGCUUCCUGAUCCAAAGAACACCCACAUCUUGAUCAGCUGGAUGAUUGCUCAGACGGUCACUGCUGUCGCUGGCCUGACCUCUUAUCCCUUUGAUACAGUCCGGCGACGUAUGAUGAUGCAGUCUGGCCGCAAAGGUGCUGACAUCAUGUACUCCGGCACAAUUGACUGCUGGCGGAAGAUUGCCCGGGACGAAGGUGGGAAGGCCUUCUUCAAGGGCGCCUGGUCCAACGUCCUCCGAGGAAUGGGGGGCGCUUUUGUCCUUGUCUUGUACGAUGAAAUCAAGAAAUACACAUAAAUUCCUUCCCGUUGGGGGGGGGAUGGCCCUAAACGAUGUAAUAUUCCUGGACUGCAUCAAAACUAUUUAUCAUUUCCUACUGGGGGUUUCGACCUGGUUGGCGGAGGGACCACCGUUCUUCUUGCAUUCCCUGGGCAACAGGACUCAAACUGUGUUUUUAUUCAGUCACUCCUGUUUAAAAAAGUUUGAGACAAAUUAAAAUUAAAACAAAAGCUAGCAAAAAAAAAAAAGUGUGUGGCUUCCCCUGAUCUCAGACAACGUGAGCUGUGACAGAGCACCUUAGAGUUCUUUGCUAGACGGCUAAUCUUAAAUAAUACUGUCUUUGCUUGGAGUAAUGUGAAGUGAGUGGCCUUGGCAUGCUCGCAUUGAUACAGUGUACUUUUCAUCCGAGUAUCCUAGUACAGUGGUGCCUCGAUUAACAACGAUAAUCCGCAAAAAGAUCAUCGUAAAGCGGAUUCAUCAUAAUGCGGGGCAAUUGUUAAGCGAGACACCACUGUAUUGGCCUAAAGUCAAUGUGCCGUCUCAUCUAGAGUACACUCAUUAAAUCAGUUACUUGAUAAACACUUAAGUAAAUCCCAUUCAUAUAGUGGGCCUACUCUAACUGGAUAACUAAUUGGAUUCAAAUCACUCUUUCCAAGCUUUAUGCCAUUACUGCUAUCAUUCUGCAUCCUGUCUUCCAUAGGGAUGGAUCAUAACCCUCCAGAAGAGGGUGGGGAACUUCUGUCCCUCGGCCAAACCGCAGGCCACGGGACUUCCCUCGAUAGCAACACCCCCUUUCCCAGAAUACCUCUCUAAUGUUUACCUGACACCUUCUCAUUCUGAGAGGUUAAGACCUCUACCGAAGUUCAGUUAGCGGCAGUCAAAGUUUUAAGUAAAGUAUGGUGUCUUUUAAUUUGGCUUUUUUACUCCUGGCUGUGCCCACCACUCAUUAGCCAGAAAUCAUCUAACAGAAAGGGCAGUCUUGGCUAGCAUUUGGAAAUAGGAAACAGUCUGGGAUUACAGUUUACAGAAUUCCCCGGGGGGCAUUGCAUAGCCCAUACGGGCUGGAUAGUUUUCAGAGUUGUAGUAAAACAACAGGAGAAAAAAAAAAGAAUAACUUUUUCAAGCUUUUAAGUAUAGCAUUUCAGACCAGUUGAGACCGACGUUGUUGCUGUCUGGUCUUUCACUCUGGAAAUCUUAACCAAGGUGUAAGGAGCCAUGUCUCUCUUUCUGCAGCCUGUGGCAAAGGAGGAUAAUUAGCAUGUGUCUUCAUGUCCAGAGAACUUGGUAUUAACUAAUGACUCAUGAAACAAUUAGCUUUUUUAUUAUGGUGUGAAAGUACCUUCAGAGCAGAGGGGUGGAGCAGAGGCUUACGUUGCUGAGCUGUCUGGGACCAAGGGCGAAAAAUGGGUACCGGGCCUCUAUAGAGUUCCUGUCCCACUAAAAAAGUCUUCAAAACCUGCUGGCCACAACUUGGAAAAGUUCUGUUUUGG